AUGGAUAAAGAGAAUCAGUUGGAGAAAGAAAACUGUGAAGUCAAUGAUAACGAUUCUCCACCGGUCAAGAACGAGGAGCUAGCUGUUGAGGCACGUUACAGUACAGACAGUGACUUUGGUUUGCCAACUUGUCGUGUAUGCCACUGUACAGAAUCCGACAGACGUGGAGAUGUUGCCUUAUGUCUUUUGGAGAUCACUCCUCCAGUUCCAGAAGCUCUUAAAAGCAAUGCAGACGAAGCUGGUGAUGCAGAGGCUGAGCACAAGAGUAGUUCCAUUGAUAUCGAAAUGGGAAUCAAGCAGCAUCAAGAUGCAUUGAUUGAACUUGGAUGUUCUUGCAAAAACGAGCUUGCGUUGGUACACUACGCUUGUGCUCUCAAAUGGUUUCUUAACCAUGGAUCUACUAAGUGUGAGAUCUGUGGGAAAGCUGCGGAAAAUAUUAAAACUGGUGAUGUCAACAAAGUGGUCAUUGCCUUGAGAGAUUACAAAGCGCUAAGAGAAAGAACAGGUGAUGGAGAUACAACCAUAGAUAGAGAUGAAGUUGAUGCCAUUAGAAGGCAACAACUUAGUGAUAUAUCUUCAUGGUUUGGUCCCCAUUCACUGAACAACAACAACAAUAAUAACAGUAACUCUGUUGCGGCUUCUUCACAACCUUUAGAUGUUGUGAACUUUGACAACUUGCCUAUGGAAAACGGUGCAACUAAAUGGGCUUUGGAAGGUACUGGGAUUCUACUUGCUGCUGGUUUACUCACUGUUACUUUGGUCUGGCUCAUUGCUCCUCGUGUUGAUAAGAAAACUGCUAAGAAUGGAGUUCAUUUUCUUUUUGGUGGUCUAUGUACUUUAAUAGUAGUCAUUUUCUUCAGAUUUGUUGUGCUCACUAGAAUUAGGUAUGGUCCUGCACGCUACUGGGUAAUCUUACUCAUCUUCUGGUUUCUUGUGUUUGGUGUUUGGACUUCUCGUUCUAAUGCUCACAAUGACACUUGA